AUGAAUCCUAAGGUUGGUAAUGGUGGUGUCACUUACCCUACAAAGGGAGAAGCCUCAAACAAUCCAAAACAAGAAAAGGGAAAAGAAGUAGAUGAUAAAGAAAAAGAGUUAACUAUUGAGGGUCUUGAGACAAGGAUAUGGAGAGAUAAAAUGCUAUUAAGGAGGAUGAAGGAGGAGAGAAGACAAGGUGACAAAUGCAAAUCAUAUGAACAAUUGAAAAGAAAGACUAUGACGCGUGCGCAGGAUGGUAUCUUAAGACACAUGUUAAAGAUGAUGGAAGCUUGUGACGUUCGCGGAUUCAUCUAUGGAAUAGUACCUGAGAAUGGGAAACCAUUGAGUGGUUCUUCGGACAAUCUCCGAGGUUGGUGGAAAGAAAGAGUGAAAUUCGACAGAAAUGGUCCGGCUGCAAUUGCAAAGUAUGAAGAAGAAAGUGGAAUUUCAAGAAUGAAGGAAAUGUUGAAUGGUGAUUCACCAACACCUUACUCGUUGCACGAACUACCUGAUACAACAUUAGGUUCACUUUUAUCAUCGUUAAUGCAACAUUGUGAGCCACCGCAGAGAAGGUUUCCGUUGGACAGAGGAAUUUAUCCACCGUGGUGGCCAACCGGGAGAGAAUCGUGGUGGAACGAAAUGGGAUUUAGCGAAGAUCCUGGUCCACCACCGUAUAGAAAGCCGCAUGAUUUGAAGAAAGCUUGGAAGAUUUGUGUUCUGCACUCUGUCAUUAAACAUAUAUCUCCGAACAUUCAGAAGAUUAAGGAUGUUGUUAGACAUUCGAGGAGUUUACAAGAUAAGCUCACGGCUAAGGAAACAUCGAUUUGGGUUGCUGUUAUAAAUUACGAGGAAAGACUUGCUAGAAAUAAGUAUCCUGAUUUGUUCGCAGCUCUUAAUUCUAGUGCUACUGGAAGUAACUGUCUUCUCGUUGAGACAAAUGAUUAUGAUGUUGAUGAGGUUGUAGAGCGUAAACGAGCAAAACCAUUACCAUUGCUAAAACCUCUUUCAUCGAGCGAUGAUGCUAAUAGCCUCAGGGUUGAGAAAACUAUUCCCCGUCUUGAUCAUGGCGGUUCUGAUGGAAAAAUGGCUGAUCAAGUUGUUGAGGCUUUUAAGAGGAUUGAUAGAAGUGCUUUUAUUGGAAGUGGUGGAGAAGAGAACCAUGUUCAAACACUUUUCAACAAUGGGAAUGUGUCUCCAAUGAGCAAUCUUGAUGAAAGUGGUGCUAAUAAGAGAAAAGCUAAAGUGCUUGAUGAAAAUCAUGAAGGUUAUAGUAAUAGUUCUAUUAAUCUUCAAUUCCAAUACCAUAAUCAAGGGCCACCUUAUGAGGUUUCUAACAAGAGAAAAGGUGAAGUUGGUAAGAGAAGUAUUACUCAUAAUUAUGAGCUUUUCUCUUUGCAAAAAGAUAAGAAUGAAAGUAACAAUCACCUCUUUGGAAGAAACAAUCACUUCCAAAUGGUUGGAGUUGGAGGCUCAAAAAAUCAUCAAUUUGUCAAAAAUGACAAACCUGCUGCUAGAACAACUCUUGAACAAAUUGUGAAACCUGCUGCUACAAAUCAGAUCAAUCAUCAUAGAGGUAAUUUCUCAGAAGAAGAAGAUGUUUCUGAUUUGAUGGACAUCAUUAACUCAGGUAUUGAGAUGAAGAACACCCCCAUGAAUGUUAUGCCAUCUCUCAACAUGAACUUUGAGCCUCAAAUCUACCCUGCAAGUACUGAGCAGAAGAGAAACAACAAGAGGAAUAACAGUUCAAUGCCUGUUAUGAACAUGAUUCCAACUCCUGGCUUUAACCAAAACAUGCCACCUCAAAUGGACAAUAAUUUCUAUGGUCAACAAGGGGGUGCAAAUAGCAACUUUAACUACAAAAUUCCUAUGAAUGAAGAAGCUGCCAAUGUUCCAAUGCAUGCAAAUGUCUCAACAACAACAGCAACAACAGCCUUUGAUUCUCAAUCUGAUGAUGAUGCUUAUGACAACUAUGAAUUUAUUGAUUCUCCUAUUGUGGGAACACCAAAUUAUGAUUUAUCUAUGCUCUUUCAUAAGUGA